AUGUCAUAAACAGAAGAAACCUUAAAAAAAUAUCCGAAAUAUAUGCCAACUUUAGUGAGAUAUGAAGAGCCAAUUGAAAUAAAUGAAGAUGAAAUGUAACUUGAAAUGCAAGAAUAAGUCUUAAAUUAAAAAAAAAAAUAAUAACUGUAACCUUUGGAUCAAAAAUGGUCUAUAGAUGAAAUUUUGAAUAAAUUCUUUCCUCCUAGAAGAUUUGAACAUGAAGGACAUUACUUUAAAUAAGUUGUUAGUGUUAAUGAUGUAAAAAGAGAUGAAUUAAAUUAAUUGGAAGCAGAAUUAGAUUAAAGAUUAAUUGAGAGAUAGGCUCGGUAGAAUUUAAUUGCAAAUAUUAUAGUAAGAGUGGUAUAUGUCCAGUAAGAGAAGAUUUACAUAGUUAAUUAUUUGAAGAGAUCAUUAGAUAGAGUGCUAUCAAUUGUCCAGAAAGAGGAUUGUUAUUAAUGAGAGUGUAUGAUAAUUUGAAGUUAACUUUUGCAGCAUAUUAAACAUUAUAUGCUGGAUCUGUUGUAUUUGGUAAUAGAAAGGCAGCAGAAUCUGAAAUUGGAAAAAGUGAAUAGGAUUCUAAAAUUGCAGAUUAUGACAAAAAGAAAAUUUAUUUAGAAAAUCAAAAAAUCUUAUUGGAAAAUGAACUAGAUGCUAUUUAAAGAAGUUUUAAGGAAAUAAGAGAAUUAGAAGAAAAACGAAUGGAAUCUGAGAUGCAAUUUUUGAAAUAAUAAACAAAGCAUUUAGAACAUUUUCUGAAAUAAGUGCAAUAGAAUUAAUAAUGAUUUAUUUAGAAUAUUAAUAUAAAUACAAUUUAUANCAAUACAUUUGAUAAGGUAUAAAAAAUUCAAUAAAAACGACCAUCCGUUGAGAAAUUCAAAAAUAACUACUUUCUCAAAAAAGUCUAAACCACCAAUACCGAACAUCAAAAGAAUUUUGAAAAAUGUAAAAAGAGAAUCCAAGAAAUGAACAACAAGAAUAAGACCACUUUGAAUCCAGCCCUAUUCUUUAGGAGAGUGGAUAAGAGUCUAAUCAAUAAGACUUGUCCAAUAAGUAAUUAACUUCAAUUUAAUAAGUGCAGCCACGGCCACAAAAGAAAGAAAUACAAUAUGAUAUUGAUUGGGAAAGCAUUGCUAAAAAAAUACCAUAAUUAGCAGAUCCUCUUUUUAAGAAUAAAAUAACUGACUUGAUCGUUUCUAAUAGGAUCUAUAGUGAUGAUGAUUAUGCAUUCCUUGUUUGCCUUAUUUCAAGUGUAAAUAAUGUUGAAUAAUCCAAAAUCAUACAAAUAAUGAGCUAAAUAUUGAAUGAGUUGGGAUUGUUGUGA